UGAAGAUGUGCAACUUCUUCCAUUGUGGGCGAGUGUGGACAAGCUGGACCACAGAGUGACUCCGCAAACUCCGCAACAAGACCGAUGGUCCAUCCCGGUGCCUUGGACCACCAGAAAGGGAUGGGAGCCUCCCAGUCACUCGACGAAUGCGGCGACAUGUGCUCGGUGUCGGGAGCAGCAUCGGACUCCCAGGGGUGGGCCUGCCCUUGGCUUUAUGUAGACGGGGACGACGGACUCCUGAUGCUGAUAUAUGAUGGUCCCAUCCCGUUCCGAAGUCCAAGUUGAUCGCAAUCUCUUCCAUCACAUCUUCAAACGACCAAGUCCGAAACCUUCACCCUUCGGAGUCUGUAGUCGAAAUUACCAUCAGACAUCUCAUCAUGGAGGACAAACCAUACACAUCUCCCGUCGAGGAGAAGCCCGAAUCGGCAGGGAUCACAGUUACGAUCGAGACCACAACCACACCAAACAGCGGGAAGAAGUUCGGCCAUACCAGGCAGAAUGACUCCGUCUCAUCUACCUUCUCCCAAGCUUCCGCCAUCUCCACAUCAUCGACCAACUCGGAAAAGCCUCUCAUUGUCAACGAGAAGCGGCUCACGUACCAGUCGACAUGCCCGACCAUCGUCGACCUCGAGGCCCAGACCGAGGAGGAUGAGUACAAGCAGAAGCCCUUGGGCCGUGUUCGAUACACCAUCUUGACGAUCUACCGUCGACUCUUCACUGUAGCCUUCAUGGGCAAUGCCAUUGCCUUUAUCAUCAUGAUGAUCAAGGGUGCCCACCCCAUGGACCUGGUCAACGCUGCUGCCGUCAACAUCGCUGUCUGCGGUCUGUGCCGUCAACCCCUUGUCAUCAACGCCCUCUUCCUCAUCUUCGGAUCCAUCCCCAGAUCUGCCCCCAUCAGGAUCCGCCGCUUGGCGUGCAAGAUCUUCCACUUCGGCGGCGUCCACAGCGGGACAGGUGUGGCAUCGGUUGUCUGGUACAUUGGCUUCGCCGCCGUCUUCACGUACAACUACACGCCAUCAGUCAUCAACACCACCGUCCUGACCUUUGUCUGGGCCGUUCUGGGCUUCCUCCUCUCCAUCGUCAUCGUCGCCUACCCCACCUUCCGCAUGAGGUUGCACGACUACUUUGAGCUGACCCACCGCUUCGCGAACUGGAUCAUCCUCGUCCUCUUUUGGAUCCUGCUCAUCUUGCUGGGCAAGCAGCAGGCCGACCUGGGUAACUUCCUCCUUCAUCUCCCCGCCUUCUGGAUCAUCAUCGUCCUCACCCUUGCCACCAUCCACCCGUGGCUGCUGCUCCGCAAGAUCCCCGUCAAGCCCGAGGCUCUCUCCCCCCACGCCAUCCGUCUUCACUUCAGCCACACCGAAGUCGUCUUCGGCCAGGGUAUCUCGGUCGCCAAGCAUCCCCUGAAGGACUGGCACAGCUUCGCCUGCUUCACGGACAAGUUCGACACCCCCGACACCAAGUUCUCGUGCAUUGUCUCCAAGGUCGGCGACUGGACCAAGUCCACCAUCAACGACCAGCCCACCCACCUCUGGAAGCGUGGUGUGCCCACCUACGGCUUCGGCUAUGUGUUGCGCAUGUUCCCUAAGAUCAUCGUCGUCACCACCGGCUCCGGCAUUGGUCCCUGCCUCUCCUUCAUCGAGGACGCCAACAGGCCCGAUAUGCGUGUCAUCUGGCAGACCAAGUCCCCCCUCAAGACCUACGGCCAGCGCACCCUGGAUCUGGUCCACAGGAUGGACAACAACCCCGUCAUUCUCGACACCUCCAUCACCGGCCGUGUGGACAUGUUGCCUAUCGUUCUCCGGUUGUUCAAGGAGUUCAACGCCGAGGCGGUCUGCUGCAUCAGCAACCCCAUGAUGACCAAGAAAAUCGUGCAUGGGUGCGAGAUGCGAGGCAUUCCGGCCUAUGGCCCCAUCUUUGACAGUUAAGCUGGCUCUUCCACUGUCUUUGAGUUUUUGUUGUUGUUUUUGCACAUACAUUUUUUUGUUGUCGUUGUCUAUGGGCGGGGAAAUCAUUACAACAAUUGGAUCAUAUACCUAGCGCGGCGCAAAAAAAGGGCGUAAUGUUUUUGAUGUUGUUUUUUUUUUUACCACGAACGGAACGCGGGUUCGAACGCCGUUACGAAAGACAAGAAGACCAUGACUUACAUAUCAUGACAUAUACCACACACAUACACGAUCGUUAUGGGUUGGGGUUUCCCAAAGGGACAGAAAGAAAGGCAUACCCUCUAGAUUACUAGAUACAUCAUUAAUUAAUACAUGACCGGAAGAAGGUCGUCACGAUCUUUCACGAUAC